AUGCCCUUUAACACUGAACUCACCCGCCGCCUCGGCAUCAAAGUGCCCGUGGUGCAAGGUGGCAUGCAGUGGGUCGGAUACGCCGAGAUGGCUGCGGCCGUGUCCAACGCUGGCGGACUAGGAAUUCUCACUGCCCUGACCCAACCCACACCCGAAGACCUUCGCAAAGAGAUCCGCCGAUGCAGAGCCAUGACCAAGAACCCAUUCGGGGUCAACAUCACGCUGCUCCCUACCAUGAACGCGCCUCCCUAUGGCGAAUACGCACAGGUCUGCAUAGACGAGGGCAUCAAGGUUGUCGAAACAGCAGGGAACUCGCCGGGCCCCGUCAUCAAACUGCUCAAGUCAGCCGGUAUCAUCAUCCUACACAAGUGCACAACGAUCCGCCACGCGCAGUCUGCCAUCAAGCUCGGCGUUGACUUCCUGUCCAUUGACGGCUUCGAGUGCGCCGGUCACGUUGGCGAGUCGGACAUCACCAACUUCAUCCUCCUCUCCAGGGCCCGGCAAUCUCUCAAGGUCCCCUUCAUCGCGUCCGGCGGCUUCGCGGACGGCCAGGGUCUGGCUGCCGCUCUCGCGCUCGGCGCCGAGGGCAUCAACAUGGGCACACGGUUCAUGUGCACUGUCGAAUCCCCGAUUCACAACAACAUCAAGCAGGCCAUCGUCGAUGCCUCGGAACACGACACGGAGCUCGUGCUGCGCCGGUGGACCAACACCUCCAGACUCUUCAAGAACAAGGUCGCCUCCGAGGCCGUGAGGAUCGAAAAGACUAGCCCCACAGGGAAAUUCGAAGAGGUCGCACCCUACGUGUCGGGAAAGAGAGGCCGUGAGGUCUUCAUCAAUGGAGACAAGGACUUUGGAGUCUGGACCGCCGGCCAGGUCAUCGGUCUGAUCCACGAUAUCCCCACUUGCGAGCAGCUUCUGAGGAGAAUCGAAAAGGAGGCCAUCGACGCCGCUGAGAGGAUUCAAAAGGCAUAUCAGCCUCAGAGUAAGCUUUAG